AUGCCCUUCAAACGCUCCAUCAUACUACAACUCAUCUUUGCAUUCUGUAUCCUUUGUCUCAUCAUCGUUGCACACCAAGCAAAUGACGCUCACAAAAGUGACUUUGUAAACAACGAGUGUCCUGGAGGUGUAUGCGAUUCGCCUAGUCAAGACGAUCCAACCAAUGAUCCAUUACCGCCACCACCGCCACCACCGCCAUCAGACAAUCAAAGUGAUGACAAUGACCCAUCGAUACCAGUCAACGAGAAACUAGUGACACCCAACGAUCAUGAUGAGAUAUCCAACAACGACUUUCCUUUCACUAUUGUGACAGCUGCAAGCGCCAAUCAUUUUUGUGCAUUGGAGGGCAUGUUAUAUACAUUGAAAGAUAUGAGACAGCAUGUACGUUCAUUUCCAAGAUUGGUGGUUUAUGACUUGGGCACAAAUGACCAGCAAAAGACGAUUAUGGCCAACCUUCAGCAACAUCAAUACUUUGACGAGCUCGUGACAUUCAACUACAGCGCUUAUCCUGCAUUCUGGGACAUUACAGUGAAUCGUGGAGAAUAUGCAUGGAAGACUGGUAUUGUCAAGGAGGUUCAGGAACAAUAUGGUGGUGUGAUUAUCUGGUUGGACACGGGCGAUGUACCCAAUCUCAUGUUUAUGCGCAUGAUCCCUGAAUACAUUCGCAAGUACGGCUUUUGGUCACCAAGAAGUACUGGCUUUGUCGGUUCAAAGUUUAAUCACCUUGGCAUCUUUGACUAUCUCAAGAUGGAUCGUAAGCAAUACGCAAUGCUCGAGAAUUGCAAUGGUGCAGCACUUGGUUUUGAUACGGAUAACCCACGCAUUCUCAAUGAAUUGGUCACACCUUGGUAUGAAUGUGGUUUGGACAAGAAUUGUAUUGCACCUCCCGGAUCAUCAAGGCAAAACCAUCGACAAGAUCAAUCGGCCAUCACAUUACUCGCUGUGCGUGCUGGAUUUCAAUGCUUUGAAUACCCUGAAUUCCAUGGUGUUACCAUCCAUCAGGACGAGUUUUGUCAAGAACGCCUUAGCUCGCUGGAUAAGAUGGGUCGUUUACUUCAUCCUUCUUCCAUUGAUUUGUAA